CGAAGUAUUUCCUGAGGAUUUAGCACAAGAGAGAUGUUGGAGGAAUAUUUUUUUGAAAUCUGGUGAUUGAGGUGUUGAGGUUAUACACGCGGUGCUUCGAUAUUCUAUUGACGGACCAUUCGGAGGGUUGACACUUUAUUAUCGGAUAACGAUGUCCUUUCGUGGUCGUGGAGGUGGUGGAGGUUUUGGCAGGGGCGGGGGCAGAGGAGGACGUGGGGGUGGCUUCCGAGGAGGUCGGGGUGGUGGUGGCGACAGAGGAAGAGGAUUCGAUCAGGGACCCCCUGAGCAUGUGACCCCUCUCGGACACUUCGAAUGGACGGUGCAGGAUGAUCUCGUUGCGAAAGUGGAUAUUGAGCAAGUGCCUUACUUCAACGCUCCCAUUUAUACAGAGAAUAAACAACAAAUAGGGAAGAUUGAUGAGAUAUUUGGCAACAUCCGUGAUUACUACGUAUCUAUCAAACUGAGUGAUAAUGUUAAAGCCUCGAGUUUUGAGAAGAAUAUCACGUUGUUCAUCGACCCUGGAAAGCUGCUUCCACUCCAGAGGUUUCUUCCAAAGCCUCCUGGUUCAAUAGAAAAACGUCCAGCACGUGGUAAAGGUGGCUCCAGAGGAGCUCCAGGAGGCAGAGGUGGUUUUGGCCGAGGAGGUGGAUCCAGGGGUGGAUUUGGUGGUCGCGGCGGUGGCAGGGGAGGCUCUGGUGGUGGAUUCCGUGGUCGAGGUGGUGGCGGUGGUGGAUUUAAUAAUCGCAACAGUGGAGGAGGUGGAGGAAGAGGGCGAGGUCGAUGGUGAAGAUUAUAUUCCACAGAGUACAGCAAAAAUCGUAAAAUAAAUAUUCUCUUUUUUAUUACUGAAAGACUUGAUUAAACGGGCUCCCUAAAUAUAUUAAACAUAUUGUACCGUCAAAGAAGAGAAGUAAAUGUUGUUGCGUCGAGUGUUGCACUGAAUGCCACGUCAAUUUCACCUUUGAAUUGUUAUACCAGUGGCUACGAGGUGAAAUAAUUUAAUUCAAUUUCAGUGUAACGAAUUUUUGUAAAAUAUAUAGAAGUCCACGAGAGAUAGGAAAAUUUUCACAGACAAUUUUCCGUAGAUUUGUUUUCUACUCCAUUUAUAAAAUCUUACAAGAAUUUUCCCAUCUCUAAAGAUGAGCAGAAACCAGCCUAGAUUCUUUCAUCUCUUUACUGCUGAUUUAUUAUAUAAAUGGAAAUAAUUUUCGAGGCAUCAUGAAGGAAUAUUGGAGGCAUGAAUGAGUAGAGUGAAAUGGAUACUUAAUUUUUUUAAUUAAUUAAUAUUAAAUGAAUGCAUUGUUUUUCUUGAUAAAAAUGCUUAAUCCUUUUCACUUUCUAAUUAUUCAAUGACGAAUUUGAGUAAUGAAUUAAUUUUUUUAUUCUGAAUAUAUUUCUUUAAAAACAUGUAAGUGUUCAUUUUGCCCUACUCAACAGAAAGAGAAACUUGGAAUAAUCUAGAAAAUAUAUUUUGUGUAAUUAUCUCUUUGAAACUAAAUGAAAAAAAUUACAAAUAACAAGAUGCACAUUAUUAGGUGAAUUUAAA